ACAAAAAGAGAACAAAACCAACAAGAAGAAAAAGAAACUUUUUUACACACCAAAAAUUCUGAAAGAAAAAUAAAACUAUUCUUUCUCUCUUCCCUUUUUGAUAAUUUACUUAAAAUCGAAAAAAAUAACUAAUAUCACAAUUUUCCUACAUUAUUUUCAAAAUAUCACAAAAGCAAUAAACACAAUCGCAACCAUUUCCCAGAAUAAUUAACUCCAAAUAUGUUCUUAUUCUGAUUGUAAAUCCAAAAAACACCCGCUUGAUUGAUUGAGAUUGAGAAACAGCAGCGUAGAGCGUAACAAUUUUUUCUUUUUUGGUUUUCUUGUCGUCAUUUAUAUGCAUCGUGCGGCAGCAGUGAUUCUGCAGAAAAAAGGAAAUCCCAAUAAAGAACCACAAACAGAAGCAGAAACAGAAACGUGUGGAAAAUCCACUUCCAAUAUCAACAAAAACUUAAUUACCAAGUCAAUGAGAAAAUAACCAAAAGAUCCAGAUAGGGUCGCUACCCGAGUACCGAACCGAGCAGCAGCGCAGUCAAAUCCGCACGUCAAGCAACAGAGUGAGAGAAAGGUCAUUGGAGGAGAUACGUGUAGAGAGGUUCAAAAUCGACGGAAAACAUGGAUGGCGUUGACGAACUGUCGAAUGAGCAGACCGAGAAGGUUUUGCAAUUUCAGGACAUCACCGGAAUCGAUGACAUGACUGUGUGUCGCGACAUUCUCAUACGACAUCAAUGGGAUCUGGAGGUUGCAUUCCAAGAACAAAUGAACAUCCGCGAGGGUCGACCGUCCAUGUAUGCCGCUUCGACAGAGCUGCGAGCGCCCAACGUCGUCAACGACCGCUUCCUGCAGCAAGUCUUCUCGGCUAACAUGCCUGGCGGUCGGACAGGCAGUGGACCUCCGAUGCCGGGCAGCUUCACCGGAAUCCUUGGCUACGUGAUAAACUUUGUGUUCCAGUACUGCUAUUCGACGUUGUCGUCGAUUGUCAGCACAUUGCUUAGUCUGAUGCGAACCGAUGAAAGAAUUGUCACCGAUCCUUUGGGAGAUGUUAUGAAAUUUGUACAGACAUACAACGAAAAGUAUCCCAGACACCCGGUCUUCUAUCAGGGCACCUAUGCCCAGGCUUUGAAUGAUGCUAAAAAUGAGCUGCGCUUUCUGUUGGUCUAUCUGCACAAGGAUGUUCCCAAGAGUGCCGAUGUGCAGUCGUUCUGCAGUCAGACGUUGGCCGAUCAGAGUGUCAUCGAUUAUAUUAAUCGCAAUGUCCUCCUGUGGGGUUGCGAUGUGGCCACGCCGGAAGGCUAUCGAGUUUCGCAUUCGGUUCAUGCUCGAAUCUAUCCCAUGAUGGUGCUGAUUGGUCUGAGGAACCACAAAAUGAACAUCAUGGGUCGUUUCGAGGGCGACUGCACUCCGGAGGAACUCGUGCGGCGACUGCAAACGGUGAUAUCUGGCAACGAGGUUUGGCUGAGCCAGGCACGUGCUGACCGUUUGGAGCGAAGUUUCACACAGUCCUUGCGUCAGCAACAGGAUGAGGCCUACGAGAAGAGUUUGAAGGCCGACGAGGAGAAGGAACGAAGGCGACAGGAGCAAUUAGAAGAGCUGCGAAAAGCACAAGAGGCUGAAGAGAAUGAACGUAGAGCUGAAGAACGAAGAAAGGAGGAAAUAGCGCAGCAAAAAAUCGACCUUGCGGAUCGUGUGCCUUGUGAACCCCCACCAGACUCACCAAAUGCUGUCAGCGUUGUCUUCAAGCUACCAAAUGGAGCACGCAUCGAACGCCGCUUCCUAAGCACUGACUCAUUACAGGAUGUCUAUAACUAUCUAUUCUGUCAUCCCUCGUCCCCUGAUGAAUUUGAAAUCACUACGAAUUUCCCGAAGCGUGUUCUCUAUGCCAGAGAUCGAGUCGAACAUACGAAAUCCCUCAGCGAAGUAGGCCUCAAGAACCGUGAAGUUCUGUUUGUCAAUGAUUUGGAUGCGUAAACACAACUUACCGGGCAAAGUGCAACUAUAAUUUCAAAAAUCAACAAAAUACCAUCCUUCUAAUCGAUUCCUAUUUGGAUUAUAUUUAAGUUUUUCUUAGUUUGUUUCCUCUCCCUAUUUCUCUCUUGUUAAAACAUCUAAAGAGAGAUCCUAAAAGUAUAGCAAUGUGAGGUUCCUUUUUGUAAAAAGUUGUGGUUUUAAAUAUUUUGACAUUUCUUCACGAGAAAGUAAAUUAAAAAAUUCUUAAAUUAUAUACAAAUAAAAGUGUUUUUCUCGUUGGUUAAAAAAUGUAUAAUAUUUUAAAAUCACAACAAAAACAAAUUGAACCGCGUUUAAAAAUUUUACUUUGAAUUUAAUUAUUUUGUUUGUUUCCAUUUAGAAUUAUGCCUUUUGAUUUAUUACACUUUUUCUAAAACACAAAGAAAAAACAAAACAUCAGCAUUUACGGAAUAGAAAGUAUUGAUUUUUAAUAAAUAAAAAAAUAUAUAAGUUCUCCAUUCCGUUCUUAAGCAAUAUAAACAAAAAAAAAAAACAAAACAACUUCUUUCGUACUUAGUUUAAAUUUAAAAAUAAAAUAUAUUAAACUGUGUUUGCAGAAAAGCAAAAAGCACUUUAUAGACAUUUUUAUUAUUUUCUUUAUUCACUCACAAAAAAAAACAAACAACUACCAAACACAAAUUCAAACUAAACAAAAUAAAUUAAAAAAAAACAAUCGCCAAUAAAGAAAAUGAUUCAACAAACAAAACAACAAUAACAACAAAAUAGCAAUAACUGUCUUAACAAUCUUGUUUUGUUAUCAGUUCAUUGGGAAAUAGGAUGAUAAAUUAAAAUAAAGGCAAAAAAAAGAAACAAAACAAGAAAAUCAAAAUAUAAACUUUAUUAAUAUAUUAUGUAAGAAAAAUCUAAAA